ACUUCAAAUAAACACUCAACUCAUUCGGAUAGCCUUUCUUUGCUUUUUUGUUUCUCUGUUUUGUAACCCAGCUGAGUUUGAGUUCUCUUUGCACCGAUUUCAUUUAUUGUUUUUUCCCUCAGUAUCUCUUCCUUCUUUCACUUAAAUCAAAUCACAUACAUCUUAUAAUAUAAAUUUUAUGAAAUUUUAAUCUUAUGCUUACUAUUCAAAAUGAAUAAUACUACAAGGCCAACUCCGAUUCAAUCAAAAAUACUCGCGAAUGUUGAAGCUUGUACUGGCUGGUGCCAGCUCAUAUUCUCUAACAAACUCGAUGAAGUAGUUACACCAGUGGGAUAUAUAAAGUUCUCUGUUCCCACUUCUUCAACAUUCAUCGAGAAUUCCUUCAAUCACCGUUGCUUCAUCUCAUCCAAAAACGGUUACAGCUUUCAGCGAUUUUCAGGUUUUAGGAAUUUUUCAUCUUUACGGUAACAUCGUUUAUUUCGUUUUCGUUUUCGUUUUCGUUUUCGUUUCUUUUUCAUGAAUCUUCGUUUCUUUUUCACUCACUGAUGAAUCUUCGUUUCUUUUUCACUCACUGAUGAAUCUUCGUUCCGUUUCAGGUUUUAGCUCGAACAUCUUCUCGGUAAUUCGUCAUCGCUAUUUCUUCUCAUUUUAAUAUUCGAAUUUUCGUUUUUGUUCGUAUGAUUUUUUUAAUUAUAGAAUUCAUUUUUUUUGUCUGCACUUGAUAUACUGUAUGAAUAUUUUGGUUUCUAUUUCUGAUAUUGUUUCACUUUGCCGAUUAUUUGUUUCAAUCGAUUUUUCACAAAUUUUAUUUUUCUCAAGUGUUCUUGUUUAUUGAGUUUUCAAAGAAUUUGAUUUUUUACCAGGUUAAUUGAUUAAUAACAACUUUAUUCAUCUUAAUUUUUUAGUCUUUUAAAUUAGGUCAUUAUUUGAUUAUUUUUUUCACUCAUAACCUUUUGUUUAAGAUUGUUGAUAUUUAGUACUUGAUAUGAUUAAUUUUUCACCAUGAUCUUUGAGUAUAAUCUAUGUGUAGGACUGUCACUAUUUGAGAACUUUUAGUCUCUUAAAUUUGGUCAUCAUUUGAUUAUUUUCUUCACUCAUAACCUUUUGUUUAAGAUUGUUGAUAUCUAGUACUUGAUUGUUUAGAUUUUGAUGCGUUUCAAUCUUUGAGAUGAUCUAUGAUAAAUUUUCAUUUUGAUUCCGAUUCGUCUAGUUUUUUUUCGAUCUGACCUAAUCUAUACAUGAAAUUUGUAUAUGAACAUUUAAGAACGGCAAUGGACUCCCUCUCAAAAAAAAAAAGAACGGCAAUGAACUUGCUAGCUGACUCUGCUUGUGAUGUUAAAGACAUUGAGGAUGCUAUCGCCAAAGCCAACGCCAAGGCCAAGCCUUCUGCCAACGUCAAGGCCAAGCCUGCAGCCAAAGCCAAGCCUUCUGCCAAGUACAAAGGCAAAGCUAUCCAAGAAGAAGUGCCAGAGUGGGAUGAUACCACUAAUGCGCUUCUAACGAAGGCGGUCAAGAGGCAUGGUAAGUCGCACCGAAGCUUUAUAAAUAUCGUUGCUGAUCCCGACUUCGAAGACCUCCUUGCUUUUGGAUCUGAUGCUUGCCGGUUGAAAUGGGGUCGUAUAGAAAAGCAGAAAGAGAAACUGAUGAAAGAUGCACAAGCCAAGGCGGCUGAGAAAAAAAGUGAUGAACUGGUCAAAGAUAGAAAGGGAAGACAGCUCAAGGUCACUGAGGAGAAAGAGGGACCUGAAGAAUCAGAUUCAGAAUUAGGGAUGGAGCUGAAAAAGAAACCGAUGAAAGAUGCACAAGCCAUGGCUGAGAAAAAAAGUGAUGGACUGGUCAAAGAUAGAAAGGGCAGACAGCUCAAGGUCACUGAGGAGAAAGAGGGACCUGAAGAAUCAGAUUCACAAGUAGGGAUGGAGCUGAAAAAGAAACCGAUGAAAGAUGCACAAGCCAUGGCUGAGAAAAAAAGUGAUGGACUGGUCAAAGAUAGAAAGGGCAGACAGCUCAAGGUCACUGAGGAGAAAGAGGGACCUGAAGAAUCAGAUUCACAAGUAGGGAUGGAGCUGAAAAAGAAACCGAUGAAAGAUGCACAAGCCAUGGCUGAGAAAAAAAGUGAUGGACUGGUCAAAGAUAGAAAGGGCAGACAGCUCAAGGUCACUGAGGAGAAAGAGGGACCUGAAGAAUCAGAUUCACAAAUGGAGCUGAAAAAGAAACCGAUGAAAGAUGCACAAGCCAAGGCUGAGGAAAAAAGUGAUGGACUGGUCAAAGAUAGAAAGGGCAGACAGCUCAAGGUCACUGAGGAGAAAGAGGGACCUGAAGAAUCAGUUUCACAAGUAGGGGACAAUUCUCCAUCUGUAAAAGAUUACUUCGCACUCGUUCUGACAGGAAUUAAUACUGUGAUUAAGGAACUGAAAGUGAACAACUCUUCAAUCAAGGAAACCAAUUCAACUCUUAAAGAGUUGGUGACCGUUAUGAAUAAAAAGCCUUAGUGGUAGCAUAUUAAGUUGUAGCAUAUUUCUGGAACUUCUUUUAAUUUCUGCGAAGACUCAUUAAGCCUUAGUGGUUAUGAUAUGUUGUGAUAGUGCAUAGCAAUUAAGCUCAAAAUAUAAGAAUGAUCAAAGUUGUAGCAUAUAAAAUUUCUGGAACUUCUUUUUUCUGUGACUGUGAAGACUCAUUAAGCCUUAGUGGUUAUGAUAUGUUGUGAUA